ACUGGAGGCGUGUGGAGGGCGCGGUGGAGUAAAAUAUGGAAUGUGGAAGACAGACAGACAGACAACCACACGCCACCUCACCUCACCUUCAAAACAAACUGGACACACGCCAUGGUACUGUCUCACUCUCGGAGAAACAGCCUUGAGAACCCAGCCAAUCUCUGUGACGAUGGCGGUGGUGCUGGCGGUGGCUCGGUGGGGCGGCCUGCGACAUGGAAGGAGCCACACCAGGAUUGCCUACUUACUGAGAGACAAACCAACAGAGAGAAGGGUUGAAGUGAAUGGGUGGGUGAAAGCAGUGCGGCGGCAGAAGGAACGGACCUUUUUUGACCUUGAUGACGGCUCGUGUGUCAGAAAAUUGCAGGUGGUGGUGCCCUCCUCCCAGCGACCCCCCGGACUGUCCUUCCACGCUGCGGUGAUGGCCAGGGGCACUCUGCAGCCAUCCACACACCCAGCACAGGAGGUGGAGCUGUUGGCGGACCAGGUGGAGGUAGUGUCGGGUGUGGUGGACAAGCCCUACCCCCUCCAAGCCCGCCACACACACCCACCACACCACCUCAGGGAACACCCACACCUGCGGCCCAGAGACACCACCUUUGCCGCCACACUCAGGGUCAGAUCGCAGGCCCGGCUGUCCCUCCACCAGUACUUUGAUCGCCACGGCUUCACCUGCGUCGACACACCUCUGCUCACCACUAACGACUGUGAGGGGGGUGGGGAGGUGUUCAGCGUGCAGCACCAGGUGACCUCAGCCCCCAAGAGUGCCACAGGAGGUCAGGUCAAGGACUAUUUUGACCUCCCCACCCACCUCACUGUGUCUGGCCAGCUCCACCUCGAAGCCGCUGCCAGCGGUCUUUCAAAAGUCUACACAUUCAACCCAGCUUUCCGAGCCGACAACUCGCAAACAAGACACCAUUUGGCGGAGUUCUGGAUGGUGGAGGUGGAGGAGGCCUUCGUGGGGGGUGCGGAGGGGCUGGAGGGGCUGGCGGAUCGGGUGGAGGGCGUCGUGAAGGCGUGCGUGGAGGAGGUAGUGGAAAAGAAGCAAGAGGAUGUGGCAUUUCAUUGGAGGAACUGUGAGGGGAGAGAGAACUUAAUCCACCGAACCUUAAGCCAGCCAUUUACGCGCAUGACACAUCAGGAGGCCGUGGACACCCUGAUCCGGCACGCCCCCCGCCUGUCCGUGCCGCCCCCCACCCCCCACGAUGACCUCCGCAAGGAACACGAGGCAUUUUUGACCUCUCACGCUGGGUCGCCUGUCCUGGUCACACACUGGCCCAAAGAUGUCAAGGCUUUUUACAUGGCCACUGAGGAGGGCCGGCCAGAUGUGGCCCUCGCCCUAGACCUCCUGUUACCACAAGUUGGAGAAGUGGCAGGUGGGGGCGUCAGGGAACCAUCUGUGGACCGCCUGCAGGACCGCCUGGCAGGGGACACACGGGGGGGCCUGGACUGGUACCUGGAGCUGCGGGGGGUCGGGGGGGCGCCUAGUGGGGGGUUCGGCCUGGGGUUUGAGAGGUUGGUUCAGUUUAUCUUGGGGGUGAGAAAUAUUAAAGAUGUGGUGUUGUUUCCGAGGUCUCCAGGGAGGUGUUUGGGGUAGUGGUGGUGGUGGUGGUGGUGGUAGUAGUAGUAGUAGUAGUAGUAGUAGUAGUAGUAGAUGAGGUUAGACUGAAAUUGACAUGUUUCUAUUCAAAAGAUGGAUAGAUAGACUCUCUCUCUCUCUCUCUCUCUCUCUCUCUCUCUCUCUCUCUCUCUAAAAUGAAUGUAAAUAAUUAUAUAUAUAAAUUCUGAUAUUGUGUUAAAA